AUGGCAGUAAUGGUUGUUGCUGCUAAUGCCAAUGGAUAUGGCAGACGUGGAGGCUGGGGUGGUGGUAUGGGUGGUAUUAGUGGAAGUAUUGGAGGUGGUAUAAGUGGUAGCAUUGGAGGGGGUGGCCUAGGCGGUGGACUUGGUGGAUUUGGCGGAGGACUAGGCGGAGGAGGAUUUGGUGGUGGACUAGGAGGAGGAUUCGGAGGAAGAUUAGGUGGAGGAUUAGGUGGAUUAGGAAGCAGUGCAUCACUCAGUGCCAGUCUUGCUGCUCGUCUAGCCCUUUCAAGUGGUGGUCGUGGUGGUGGAUUUGGCGGAGGUCUCGGUGGUGGAUUCCGUGGCGGUGCUGGAGGUGGUUUUGGUGGAAGAAUUGGCGGAGGAAUUGGUGUUAGUGGUGGAUUUGGCAAAAGGAGAUACAGAAGAAGCGCAAGCUUUAACUACAACUACUAA